GCUUCUCUUCAGUCAAGGCGCCAUUGCUCCAUGGUCAAGCCGACAUUUUGUUGUUGCUCAUUUGAGUUGUGUGUCCCUUUUUGAGUUUUACUGACCGCGGUGUUUUAUUUGGCGUUCUGAGAGUGUGGCAAAACAACAGGACUUGUUGUUUUUCACUACAGAAUUUGGUCGUUGUUGUUAUCGUGAUAUGAUCAAUUCAUAGAAUUAUCAGACUGAACAGAGAUAACAAACUACGUUCAAACUGCAGUAUACAGUUACAACUUCCCAAGAAAAUCCUUUCGCGAUUCAAAGAUGAAGGUCAACGUACGAGUGCGUGAAGAAUGGCUACUUAUUCCAGUCAAAUCAGCGGGCUUCACCGUCCAGAAUCUUGGGGAAACGGCCUUGUGUCGAUACCGCUCGAUGAAGGGGUACGAUAACAAGAAGACGGACGCCGUGGUGGAGGUCCGCAAGCCCCCAGGAGGAAGUCUGCUGUUUCCAGAGGAUCUUGUUGAAGAUCUCGUGGAGGAUGGAGGGUUUUUGGUCACGGUACUGAAGAAUGACAAAGGGAAUGGAUCAUACACUGCGCCCUCAGCCAUUCAACAUGAGGUGCCUUGGGAUAAGGAUCGUUUCAUGGCUCCUGACAUUGAUGUUGCAACAAAGCUGCUGCAGGACCAAAAGAUAUGGGAUGCGGUCAAGCCUUACAUGGAUCAUUACCAUACUGAGCAUCUGAAAGACGUCAGCGUCCAGUCGCCAACAGCUAGCGUCUUGGGAUCAGGGACCUCUACACCCCGCAUGCCCAAGCGCAAACGAGAGUACUAAGGCGCAAACCAGAGUGAACCUGUGAAAACUUGAGUUCAAUUGGUCGUCAAAGUUGCGAAAUAAUAAUGAAAGAAAAAACACCCUUAUCAC